AUGAUCGACCUAGCCACUACAAGCACUACAACUGCAUUACCAAUCAAGCUCCAACCAUCUAACCUUAGACCGCUUGUGUUUAGGACCUUGACCAAAAAACAUGGAUUGAAUGUGAAUACGGAAUCGUUGGCGAUUUUAACAGAUACAAUUAGCCAGAAAUUUGGUUUUGAUUGGAAGGGUCCACAGUCACAACAGUUUCUAGAGGAGAUCGCCAAAUUUUGGAAAUUAGAAGAUAGGGGGAUAUUCAUUGACGGCAGUGGCUUGAGAUCAGUGUUAAAAGAGAUCCAAAAGAAAGAUGACGUUGUCCAAAUUCAAAAGGCUGGGAGAACCAAUACCAUUGUUGAUGAAGUAGUUGAAGAAGAUCUUCAGUUGCAGUGGGAAGACUAUUUUCAAUUUGUUUCCCCAUUGGAUCAGCCACGCAGUAUAUUCGACAAGAGCCGAAAGCAUUUCGAUGUAUACUUGACAAAGGAGAAACUCCCUCUUUUGUCCAAGUUGACUCUCAAUACCAAGUCGUUAAUUGAAGCACAAAACAACCACUACUAUUUAAUCCUGGAUCGGUUAUCGAGAAAUGAAAAUUUCCAAAAGGCGUCAAUGACGAGUAUAUCCAAUUUGAACUCUUUAACCAUUGAUGGGAUUAGCAAAAGCAAUGAGAUUACGUUGGUCAAAAACAUGCUUGGUCGGGAUGGACAAAAGUUUCUUUUAUUUGGAUUGUUGUCAAAGAAUUCAACUGAUGAGUAUAUUUUGGAAGACCCUACUGGUUACAUUCAAUUGAAUCUAAACCAAGCUGUGAAAAACCAAGGUUCGUUCUAUUGCAUUGGAAUGUUUGUUUUGGUUGAAGGAAUCUAUUCAGCAUCUGGUGGUAACUUGAAUCAAAAGCAGGAUUAUAUCGGGGGUUCCUUUUACGUUAGUAAUGUUGCACAGCCGCCUGCAGAAAGGCGAGACAAGAGCUUGGAUGUAUACGGACAUGUUGAUUUCUUAGGUAUGCAUAAGCAUAUGGUACCAACAGGCAACAAAGCCGUAAAGAUCCCGAAAACAUUUAGAAAGAAGUUGGUGCAGUUGGAAAAAUCGCUACAGAGCCACAGAAUCAUCAUGAUGGGUAGCGAUCUUUACCUUGAUUCAAAUAAAACCCUACAAGCAAUGCAGAAAUUUUUUCACCGGUUAGAAAACUCCAUCAUUGAAGCAUUGGAUUCGGAAGAGACGCAAAGUUACAUCCCUUUGGCAUUGGUUUUCACCGGUUCAUUCACGUCACGUCCUUUAACGUCAACAAAUUCCACAUCCGAUGCCAAUUUGUCAAACUCCGAGCUAUACAAGGGUAACUUUGAUCAAUUUGCCAAGAUCUUGAGUGAUUAUCCCAACAUUGUACAACGAUGCAAGAUUGUGCUUAUUCCAGGAGAUAACGACCCAUGGCAAUCAACAUAUUCACUUGGUUCGGCUUGUUUAAAUUCAUUGCCACAAGCUUCGAUUCCCAAGGUUUUUGUCAAUAGAUUGGAAAAGUUGUUGCCUCGUGGAAACUUGAUUUUGGCUUGGAAUCCUACGCGCUUGAGCUACUUAUCGCAGGAAUUGGUGAUUAUUAAGGAUAAGUUGAUGAGCAAGCUCAAGAGAAACGACGUGAUGUUCCCAUUAGAUCUCGAGCAAAAUAACGAUGACGUGAUUGAUGAGCUCACGAAUAAAGAGAGGAUUGACAGGUUGAUCCAAAAUAAAGACGAAAGAAUUCCAAACAAAACCAAACAAGCACGGAAGUUGGUUAAAACUUUACUAGACCAAGGCACAUUGCAACCUUUCAAGAAGGAUUUGAAAGUUGUCAAUACCCAGUUUGAGCAUUGCUUGAGGGUGGAGCCUUUGCCCAAUGCCAUUGUGUUGAAUGACAGCAGUUUUGAUAACUUUGAAGUGGUAUAUCAAGGGUGCAGAGUUGUUAAUUUGACCCUGGCUAUCCAAGAAGGCAAUAGAAAGUUGAAUUAUUUGGAAUAUUGGCCCAGUUCUAAAAAGUUUGAGUUUAAAGAUGUAUACUAUUAG